GGCGACAGGGCCGGCGCAGUCGCCACUCGCUCCGCCGCGCCACUCGCUACUGCUGCAGUCCGUCACAGCCACCAACAUGGUGUACAACUUCAAAGUGUUCAAGAAGUGCGCGCCCAACGGCAAGAUCACCCUCUACAUGGCCAAGAGGGAUUUCGUCGACCACAUAUCGACAGUGGAGCCCAUAGAUGGUGUGGUGCUGCUGGACGAGGAGUACGUGCGCGGGCGCAAGGUGUUCGGCCAGAUGGUGUGCACGUUCCGCUACGGCCGCGAGGAGGAUGAAGUAAUGGGUCUCAACUUCUACAAGGAGUUGUUCCUAGCCUCGGAGCAGAUCUACCCGCCGCCGGAGAAGAGGAACUAUGAACUUUCACGAACUCAGGAGCGUCUCAUAAAAAAGCUGGGAGAUGGAGCGAUUCCUUUCCGACUGACAGUGCCACCGGGAGCGCCUGGCUCCGUGAUCCUACAGCCUGGCCUCGAAGACGACGGAGAGCCCUGCGGCGUUCAGUACUACGUGAAGAUCUUUGUGGGAGACUCCGAAAUCGAUCGUUCACAUCGCAGGAGCACGGUGGCGCUGGGCAUCCGCAAGGUGCAGUACGCGCCGGCCAAGCCGGGCCCGCAGCCCUGCACUGUGGUGCGCAAGGACUUCGUGCUCUCGCCCGGACAGCUCGAGCUCGAGCUCACUCUAGACAAGCAGUUAUACAUCCACGGCGAGACGGUGGCGGUGAACAUGUGCGUGCGCAACCACAGCAACAAGGUGGUGAAGAAGAUCAAGGCGUGCAUUCAGCAGGGCGUGGACGUGGUGCUGUUCCAGAACGGCCAGUACCGCAACAUCGUCGCCAGCAUCGAGACUCAGGAUGGGUGCCCGCUGCAGCCAGGCUCGAGCCUGCAGAAGGUGCUGCACCUGACGCCCACGCUGGCGCACAACCGCGACAAGCGCGGCAUCGCGCUCGACGGCCAGCUCAAGCGCUCCGACACCACGUUGGCCUCUACCACACUGUUACUAGACCCUGACCAGCGCGACGCGUUUGGCAUCGUGGUGAGCUACAGCGCCAAGGUCAAGCUGUACCUCGGCGCCAUCAGCGGCGAGCUGGUCGCCGAGCUGCCCUUCAUCCUCAUGCACCCCAAGGAGGGGCGAGUGAAGAUGAUCCACGCCGACAGCCAGGCCGACGUGGAGAUGUUCCGGCAGGACACCGUGCACCACCAGGAGAGCGUCGAGGUGUACUAGUGCCGCCUCGCUGUUGCUGCACUUCGAGAGUCCAGUCAUACGACUGUGCAGGAGGAGUGAGCGACUCCCACCCAUCAGGGAACCUCAGGGUACUGCAGCAGCCGAAGUACAUCAUUUUUUAACGCAUUGUAUCGCCUUUAAUAGCAAAUUGUAUAUCAAGGUAAUAAUGUACCUACCCUAAAAUUAUAAUGAAAUAUAUUAUACAAUUAUAUUAUUAGUUUUAAGUUCCUACUUAUUCAUAACGUGUUUGUCGUGUAUAAAACAAAACUAAAACAAGUAAAGAAACUAUGAAAUGUAAA